AUGCAGCCACCGGAACGCCAACCAGUUGUUGCAGAGCAGAUUAGGAGGAAUCGUGUGGAUGUCAUGGGUCUUGUUGAGACAAAGAUGCAAAGGCCCAACGUGGAAGCUUUCAUGGCCAGUUUACACUCACCCGAAACACGACAAUCCCUUUGGGACUCGAUAGUAGAUUUUGCUUUGCAGGGAUUGCCAUAUCUGGUGAGUGGGGACUUUAAUGCAGUGAUACACGUAGAUGAGCGACGUGGAAUUCAGAAACCAGAAAACCGCAAGAUGGAUGGGCCGAUACAAGCCUGUGCCAUUUUGGGUUUGCAAGAUGUGGCCUCUACGGGCUGCGCCUUCACGUGGAAGAAUGGUCAUGUCUUUAGCAAGAUUGACCGCGCUAUGGUGAACCAGGAGUGGCUUGACGCGGGAUACAUUGCGAACACAAAGUUCCUUCCGUCAGGCUUCCAGACGGACCAUUCUCCUGUUGUAACAAAAAUCUAUGCGGAUAUCCGGGCUUCACCAAAACCCUUCAAGUUCUUCAAUUAUUGGAUGGAUCAUGAUGAAUUUGAGAGGACCCUUAAGGAGAAUUGGAGGAUCCAAGUUGUUGGCUCUAGACAAUUUGCCCUUUUUCAAAGGGAAGAGUCAAACAGACUAAUCUUGCCGAUCACUAAUGAGGAAAUCAAGAGUGUUCUUUUUGCUAUCAAGGAUGAUAAGGCGCCUGGGUCGGAUGGCUACUCCUCUGCCUUCUUCAAAAAGAAUUGGGCAACGCUAGGUUUGGAUAUCAUUGAGGCUGUCUCGGAAUUCUUCGAAUCUGGACACCUACUAAAGAGCUUCAACACCACGGCGAUAGCCCUCAUCCCGAAGACGGUAAGUAACCCUCAGGCACAAUCUGCUUUUGUCCCGGGACGCAACAUCAUAGAUAACAUCCACCUAGUCACGGAACUUAUGAGGAGAUAUGAUAGAGCUAGGACUGUCCCGCGAUGCAUAGUGAAGAUCGACUUAAGGAAGGCCUACGACACCAUCUGCUGGGACUUCCUAGAGGAUGUCCUUCUAGGCCCAAAUUUCCACCCCAUUUUUGUGGAACGGGUCAUGGAAUGUGUGACUUCACCAACCUAUUCGAUAAUGAUCAAUGGCAGUCCGCAUGGGUUUAUUCCAGGUAAACGGGGGCUAAGGGGGGUGGGGUUUAACUUCCACCCGGGCUGUGCUAGGCUUCGCAUUACUCACCUCGCUUUUGCAAAUGACCUUAUGCUUUUUGGAAGAGGGGAUAACUACUCAAUGCAGGUGUUGGCCGACUCACCUGGGGAGUUCUCGGCGUGCUCGGGGCUUGAGGUCAACCAGGGCAAAUCUAAUCUUUUCCUUGCAGGGACGAUGAUGGAAGCAACUAAGGCACAUAUCAUCAACAUCUUUGGCUACACGGUCGUGCAUCUUCCAGUCAAAUACCUUGGUAUCCCACUGGCGUCGCGAAUGCUCAAAACGGCGGAUUAUUCCAGCCUAAUUGAGAAGAUGUCGUCCACAGUGAAAAAGUGGAAUGGUAAGUCCCUCACUUAUGCGGGUAGGUUGGAACUAAUCAAAUCUUGCUUGCAGGGGGUCGAGUCUUACUGGCUCCAAGCGUUCCCGAUUCUUGAUAACGUUACAUCACGGAUUGUCACGAUCGCACGACAAUUCUUGUGGGGAUCCAAGCAUGCGAAGGUCGCUUGGAAAGACAUCUGCUUACCUAAGAAUGAGGGUGGCCUGGGAAUCAGAGAUCUUAGUACUUGGAAUACAACCCUCCAUGCGAAAAUCUUAUGGAACAUCCAUGCCAAGGCGAAUACUCUAUGGAUCAAAUGGAUCCAUAGUGAAAUAAUCAAGGAUGCGGAUUUCUGGGAUUGGCAACCGAGAAUUAAAGAAGACUCAACCCUUAUCAAACAUGUCUUUUCCAUUAGAGAUUCUAUGAUCGCGAGGAGCUCAAGAGAAGAGGUGCAAUCCCUCUUGAAUCAAUGGGGUGCCACGGCAGACACCAAGGCCGCUUAUGAGUGGUUCCGGCCGAAGGAGGAACAACAUUUCUGGGAAAAAUAUAUCUGGCAUGAUAGCAUACCGCCUAAAUACUCGUUCAUUGGAUGGCUUGCCUUGCGCGGCAGGCUGACAACCCGAGACCGAAUCACUUGGGAAGAUGUUGACGCUACAUGUGGUCUUUGCUCCAGGGAAGAUGAAAGUGCAAACCACUUGUUCUUUAAAUGCCGAGAAAGCUGGAAAGUGUGGGACAAUAUUCGGGAAUGGAUUGGACUUAGGAGACGCCCCACUACUAUCAAGAGCGCAAUCAAAUGGCUUAUGAGGGACAGACGGCCAUCACGGAUAGUGCACAUGGCCGGGAGAAUUGCGCUUGCGGCCACUAUUUACAUCAUUUGGCUUGCAUGUAAUGCCACAAUCAUAGGAAAGAGGUUUGAUAGCGUCCGAGUUUUAUUCCAGAUCAAGAAAGCGGUUUAUAGCAUCCUCUAUGCUAAAUUCCCUCACGAUCAAGUUAUCCAACAUGUUCCUGAUCUUACUUGA